AUACAUAAAAUUGUAACUGACAGUUUUAUUUAUUGUUGUUAAAUCUAAAUUGUAGUUGGUUAUUUUGUUAUUGUUAUAAUUUAAACAAAAAUAUUUUGAAAAUAAAUCAAAUAUGAUUUUAGAAAUAAUUGAUAACUUAUGUCAGUUAACUGCUAAUUGUUUGUUAAUAUUUUUGGUGAUCUAUAUAUCAUUAAAAUUAUUUUAUUAUUUCAAACCAAAACAAUUAAUUAGCUCAUAUGGAAAAGCAGUCCUUAUUACAGGUUGCGAUUCGGGUUUCGGUAACCUAUUGGCCUACAGUCUAAACGAACGAGGAUUUCGUGUUUACGCCACAUGUCUUGAUCCGGACGGCGAUGGCGGACAAGGAUUGACCAAAAAUAGUAGAUUUACCGAUCAAAUGGUUGUCCUGAAAAUGAAUGUUACCGACGAUGACAAUGUACGCCAAGUGUACAAUCAGGUUACCGAUGAUCUGAUUGCAAACAAAUGCCAGUUAUGGUCAGUGGUCAACAAUGCCGGUUAUAUGAUUACCAGUCCUGUCGAGUGGGGACUACUUGCCGACUACGAGCGGCUGUUUGGUGUCAACGUGUUUGGUGUGGUUCGGGUCACUCGUAUAUUCCUGCCGUUACUUCGGGUAUCAAAAGGUCGUAUAGUAAACAUGUCGUCAACAUUGGGUAAACUAACAUUAGGCACAUAUAGUGCCUACUGUAUGACCAAAGCAUCGGUACUUAGGUUUUCCGAUGCCCUCAGAGACGAAAUGACAAGAUUUGGUGUAAAGGUGUCCACUAUAAUGCCGGGAGGUUUUAAAAAUACUGGACUGUUUGCUGGUAUACUAUCGGCGAUGGAUAACAUUUGGCUAAAUACCGACGAGUCUAUCAAAUCGGCGUACGGACACAAACACAUUGAACAGUGGAAACAGGAGACCAGUAAAGGGCUGGACUCGGACUCACUUCAAGGAACUGAUCCCUAUAUUGUGGUCAACGAUAUGAUUGAUGCCGUCAUGAAUACCGUUCCCCGUAAUGAUUACGAACCUAUCGGUAGUUUUGGAUUUCAAGUUUUUUACCGAUUACACAAUAUUUUAGGCAAAAACUUAUUGACUAAAUUGUUAUUGAGAUAG